UCAAGAGGAAGACUUAAACUCUGGGACAGCAUGGAGGAAGGGCCAUCAGAAAUGGAGAUGGUGGUGGAAGUGUCUGCGCUCUAUCUGAACAGCAGCCUCCCGAAUUCAUUCGCAAACAACAGCAAUGUCACCAACCUCACCAGAAUAACAUACUACCCAUACUACCAACACUCGCUGCCUGUGGCCGCCGGCCUGACCCUGGCCUACCUCUUCAUCUUUCUGCUAUGCAUGGUGGGCAAUGGCCUGGUGUGUCUGAUCGUGCUUGAGAACCGACGUAUGAGAACUGUCACGAACCUCUUUAUCCUCAACCUGGCUGUAAGCGACCUUCUGGUGGGGGUUUUCUGUGUUCCGACAACCCUGGUGGACAACCUCAUUACAGGUUGGCCAUUUACAAACACCGUCUGUAAGAUGAGUGGGCUGGUGCAGGGCAUGUCUGUGUCAGCCUCUGUGUUCACGCUGGUGGCCAUCGCUGUGGACAGGUUCCGUUGCAUUGUGUACCCCUUCCAACCCAAACUCACCCUGCUGGUUGCCAAGGUGACCAUAGUGAUGAUCUGGGUGCUGGCGCUGGCGAUUAUGUGUCCGUCGGCCGUGACGUUGACCGUCGAGAGAGUGGAGCAUCACUACAUGGUCCACAACGAUGACUACAACAACACAUACCCUCUUUUCUCCUGUUUUGAAAAUUGGGCCAACCCGCAAAUGAGAAAAGUCUACACCACCGUCCUGUUCGCACACAUUUACCUUGUUCCUCUCACCCUGAUCACGCUGAUGUACGGUCGCAUCGGAAUCAAACUCUACACCACAUCCGUGAUCACGGGGAACGAUCAUCACGAUGCCAGUCAGGCCCACUCCUCUCCUCCCAAUCAAGGACCCCAGCAGGAAGGCCGACCCCUCAUCUCCCAGAAGAAAAUCAAAGUUAUUAAGAUGCUGGGCAUCGUAGCUCUCGUAUUCACGCUGUCCUGGCUGCCGCUGUGGACCCUGAUGCUCCUCACGGACUACGGAGGUUUAGAGGAGGACAGGUUGGAAAUAUUGACCGGUUACAUUUUUCCUUUCGCUCACUGGUUAGCGUUCUCAAACUCAAGCGUCAACCCUAUCAUUUACGGCUACUACAAUGAAAACUUCAAGAGGGGAUUUCAGGCGGUGUGCAGGACGCAUUCUUGCUGCUGCAAGAUGCCAGCUAAGAGCGGAACGCGACGGAAAGCCAACAAAGGAGAGGUGCGGGAACCUGUGGUGACUUUUGGCACCAGGAACAGAGUGUACACCGAUGGGGACUCUGGAACCCGAUUGGAGAUGGAUCAGAGGAGGGGCCCGCGACUUUGUAACUCUGUCUGCACGAACGACACUGGAUCUAAUGCGGGAUCUGGCAUAAAAGGUGUUGCAAAUCAAAACACUUUUCAGAUGGAGGAACUGGAGAAAAUUAGUCCGAUCAGACAUGGAAAAAAUCAAGCCUGGGACCAAUAGGUGGAUUAGUUAUGGCAUUUACGUGAAUGACUAACUCAGGAUGGGAACUGUUAGAAACCAUAAAGUGAAUUGAUGUCAGAAAGGUGAAGUCAGUCCUGCUGUACAUCUCGUACCUGAAAAUCAUCUUUUCAGACCAUUUUUGGGAAAAAUAAGGAAAUAAUUCCUCUCUCAGACUUCUUUUUAUACACAAGCAAGGCUUUCUGCAUUAAAUGCAGAAGGAGAAUUUUAUUCUUUCCUUAACAGACAACGCAAAUGGCAUAGACCUAUGAAUGUACAAUCAUGUUUGUUCGAAUAGCAGAUUUAUUUCUGUUUUGUGCAGACGCAUUUACAUGUAAAUAACCCCUUUAUUCGGUACGUAUGCAUUUACGUUUUGCAUAUUAGUACUGUUAUCAAAAUAACAACUACAAAAUAACCCUUCCCUCCUCUCAUGAACCGCCACAAUUCUGAACAGUUUAAUAAUCCUGUUUAUACCAAAACAAUGUUGAAUGUAUUACACACACUACAGCUUAUACAGCCUUAAUAUUCAACAGGAGAAAACCUAAGAUGAUCAACAUUGAUAACACUUUAUUCCCAUCUUAAAUUUAAGAUUUAUGAACUGGAGCGAAAUGAUCACAAAAGACGCUUAUCUCAUAAGCCAGGCGUCUUUUCUCCAAUGAGGCCACAAUCUUCGGAAAUAUCAAAUAGAUGUAUUUAUUAUAUGCAGUAUAUUUUCUCCAAACACAAAUUCACAGUUGCACAUUUGUUUUCCUGAACUGAGCAUUUGUAUUGGUUGAAUUGUGUUUGUGUAUGCGCUUGUGCAUCCUUGCGUACACUAUAUGUGUGUGGAGUAAGCAUGCGGUGUGCAUCAAGAUGUAAAAUUGCUUUAUUUCUGGACCGUUUAAGAAUACGGUUAACACCAAACAUGCUGAGAUACUGUUGUUUAGUACAACCGUGCUUAGAGGAUCAAGUAAGGAAAAGAUGAUAUGAAUUUUGACUCGUGUGUUUUUGCUUCAGUGUAUGUUUGAUGUUAUGUGCGUUUCAGUGAGUCUGACUGUGGUUAAUGUACUGUGGUGGCUUAUUGUGCACUAUGUUUGCUUUAAAUGGCAAGAUGCGUGAAAAUGGAGAAAAAAUGUUACACGUGAUGUGAAGAGCCAUUACUGAGAAUAUGAGGUGAGACUAGGUGUUACAUUUCCAGCACGUGUCUGAGAAAGGUCACAUACUGUACCAUUUGGUUAAUAUCGGCAAAGUCCAACAAAGGUCUUGGAAAAACGCAGUCCAGCACUCUCAUGAGACAAUUUCACAGGCAAAUAGAGUACUAUAUGUAAUUACAUUCACAUUUAUGCAUUUGGAAGAUGCUUUUAUCCAAAGCAAAUUAUAGUGCAUUCAAUCUAUAUAUAUAUAUUUAUAUAUUCUUUUGAUCUUUUG